UCUUCUCUCUGUCGAGAUCCAUCGUUUCUCUCCUCCGGAUCCAUCGUCGUCGUCGUCAUCGAGAGUUGUCGUGGUCGUCAUCGAAAGUCGUCGCCAUCGUUCCGUUGAGAGAUCUCCGACGAGCUAACACACGGAUUCUCUCUCUCACACGAUCGCCUAAGCCGACGAGCUAUUCAUCGGAAAUGUCGACUCCAAAUUCACAAUUUUUAGAUAGCAAUGACUUUUGCACAAAUUUGAGUUUGCCUCCUAGGAUUUAUGGAGCUGGAACAGAACCACCAGACAUUCCCAAAAUGGUCAUCCAACAUUCGAGCAUUGAUUACGUUUCUGAGGUUGCACAAAUCUUGGGAAAGGAAGAGUUUGAUCAAAUAGAGAACUCACACCUAGGAAGCAUCGUGAAGCUGGCAAGAAGGAGUAGCGUUGUGUUUUCUGAGAAUCUAUUCCAUUUCAUAAUGCAGAGAAGAGUAUUGACCAAAGGGAAGGAUCUCUGGUUCACAUUUUGCGAUCAACUUAUGAGGUUUUCCAUGAGGGAAUUUUAUCUGACUACAGGUCUAGCGUGUGAGGAAGAUACAACACCAAGAGAGCCUCUGUUCCCAAACAAGAAGAAACCCUACUUUUGGAUGUUGAGCAAAGGCGAUAAGUACACCGUAAGGAACUUAUAUGAUCUGCUCAAAAAGAGAGCAAGAACAAUGACAAGGCUUGAAAGGCUCUCUAUGGGAGUAGCAAUAAUCACAGAAGGGGUCAUUCUUGCAGGACACCCGAGCUCUCUAAUCCCAAAGGAAAGGUUACUGUGUUAUAAGAACUACGAUACCUUUUCCAGGUUGCCUUGGGGUAAACUAGCGUACAAAAUUUUGUCAAAGAGUAUUAAGCGUUUGAAUACAAGUUGGUGGACAGGAGAUAGUUACAAAGUGAGAGGUUUUGUGCUAGCCAUAAAUUUGUGGGCUAUGUCAUCAGUGCCUAUUCUUGGUAAAGCUUUUGGAAAGCCAUGCGAGGUAACCACUUCCUCAGAUCCAUUAUGUCUACAUUGGGAUUCAACAAGGGCUCCCACAAUAACCGAAGUGUUGGAAGUGGAGAAGAAAAGCAAUGGUGUGGUUACUACAGUGAUAGGAUUAUGUGAGAAUUUCAACCAUUUGGUUAACCCAACACUUGAUGAUGAUAAGGACUUCGACAGUGUUGUAAAACUUGUUGAACAAGGAUACAAACUGAGGAAAAGCGAUUGGGAACAAGGUUUUGUAAAUGUUUUUCUUACAGCAGAAGACAUUGGUCACCAAAGAGGAAAUGAAGACAAAGAUGUUCAGCAAAAAUCUAAGGAGCAAGCACAAGAUGAAGAAGAACAACAACUGGAAGCUGAGGCUGAAGUGGGCGAAGGUGAUAAAGAAAGAGAAACUUCAAAAGCCAAUGAAUUGUGGAAGAAGAAGAUGAACAAAUGGAAGCUGAUACAGAAGUGGAGGAGCCUGUGCAAGUUGAAAGGCAGAAACGAGGAAGAGAAAAUAAGGAGCAAGCACAAGAUGAAGAAGAACAACAACUGGAAGUUGAGGCUGAAGUGGGCGAAGGGGCAUACAGUUGUGGAAGAAGAAGAUGAACAAAUGGAAGCUGAUACAGAAGUGAGGAGCCUGUGCAAGUUGAAAGGCAGAAACGAGGAAGAGGAAAUAAGGAGCAAGCACAAGAUGAAGAAGAACAACAACUGGAAGCUGAGGCUGAAGUGGGCGAAGGGCAUACAGUUGUGGAAGAAGAAGAUGAGCAAAUGGAAGCUAAUACAGAAGUGA